ACACUCGCACACACACCGGCGAAGUCAAAAGGUAGUAGCAAAAUCUUUAGCGUCCAUCUCUGGGUGUGCGCCAAACACCUCAGAAAAACUGAAACGAACUGAAGGGCCUCGUCUAGAUUGACCAACCAAAUUCAUCUCAGUCUGGCUUCAAGGCCAUGGCUGCAAAGAAAGUUAUAGCAAUAUGUCAAUCCGGAGGAGACUUCGUGACGGAUAAGGAUGGGAGUUUAUCGUACAGUGGCGGAGACGCGUAUGCAGUUGACAUUGAUCAGCAAACUCUGCUGAGUGAUUUCAAGUCUGAAAUAGCGGAGAUGUUUAGCUGUAGUGCUGAUACAAUGUCGCUCAAGUAUUUCCUUCCGGGCAAUAAGAAGACGCUCAUUACAAUCUCUAAAGAUAAGGACCUGCAGCGGAUGGUCAAUUUCCUGGGGGAUUCGGUCAGUGUGGAUGUCUUUGUCAUCUCGGAGGAAACUGCUGCUCGAAAUACAUCCAACAUGCCUGCUAGUAGGUCAAGCCGGACAACUGUAUCCGAAGCAGUAGUUCCUGUUGCUGAGCAGCUUGGCCUUGUUGAUGCGCCAGUUGAUACUAGCAUUGCCAUUGAUCAAAUUGAUACAAAACCUCCACAUGAAAUUCCUAUUUGUUCUGUUUUCCCAAGUUCUUCUCAUGAUGAUAAGCAUCAUAAAGCUGCACAACAGUGGGAAAACACCAUCACCGGAGUGGACCAACGGUUUAGUAGUUUCAGUGAAUUCAGAGAAGCAUUGCAUAAGUAUUCAAUUGCGCAUGGGUUUGCUUAUAGAUAUAAGAAAAAUGACAGUCAUCGAGUCACAGUGAAAUGCAAAUCCCAAGGUUGCCCAUGGAGGAUAUAUGCAUCAAGGUUGGCCACUACACAGUUAAUUUGUAUCAAGAAAAUGAACACAGAUCAUACAUGUGAAGGGGCUGCAGUAAAAGCUGGGUAUCGGGCAACUAGAGGUUGGGUGGGAAGUAUCAUAAAGGAGAAAUUGAAAGUUUCCCCAAACUACAAGCCAAAGGAUAUAGCAGAUGACAUCAAGCGAGAGUAUGGCAUUCAGUUGAACUACUCUCAGGCAUGGCGAGCGAAAGAGAUUGCGAGGGAGCAGCUUCAAGGUUCCUAUAAAGAGGCCUAUAAUCAGUUGCCUUAUUUUUGUGAGAAGAUAAAGGAAACUAAUCCAGGGAGUGUUGCUACAUUUGCCACUAAGGAGGACUCGAGCUUCCAUCGCUUCUUUGUAUCUUUCCAUGCAUCAAUUUCAGGUUUCCAACAAGGUUGCCGCCCUCUCCUUUUCCUUGAUAGCACUCCUUUGAACUCUAAAUAUCAAGGAGAUUUGUUGUCUGCAACAGCUGCAGAUGGUGAUGAUGGUAUCUUUCCUGUAGCAUUUGCUGUCGUGGAUGCUGAGACUAGUGAAAACUGGCAUUGGUUCUUAUUAGAACUGAAAUCUGCAGUGUCAACAUCUCAGUCAAUUACAUUUGUUGCAGAUUUUCAGAAUGGUUUGAAAGAGUCAUUGGCUGAGGUAUUUGAUAAAUGCUACCACUGCUUUUGUUUGAGGCAUCUUGCUGAGAAACUUAACAAGGACUUGAAGGGGCAAUUUUCUCAUGAGGCAAGACGGUUUUUAAUUAAUGAUUUUUAUUCUGCUGCUUAUGCGCCUAAACUGGAGGAUUUCCAGCGUAGUGCUGGGAACAUAAAAAGUAUUUCACCUGAUGCGUACGACUGGGUUGUACAAAGUGGACCAGAGCACUGGGCUAAUGCAUUCUCAUUAGGAGCCAGGUACAACCACAUGACUUCAAACUUUGGACAGCAAUUCUAUAGUUGGGUAUCAGAGGCACAUGAGUUACCGAUUACACAGAUGAUUGAUGUGUUACGAGGUAAGAUGAUGGAAACCAUAUAUUCUCGGAGGGUGGAGUCCAACCAAUGGGUGACAAGAUUAACACCAUCUAAGGAGGAAAAGCUUCAACAAGAAAUGGAAACUGCUCGAUCACUUCAAGUGUUACUCUCACACGGUAGCACAUUUGAGGUUCGUGGAGACUCUGUUGAUACUGUUGACAUCGACCAUUGGAAUUGUUCCUGUAAGGGAUGGCAACUUACUGGUCUGCCUUGUUGCCAUGCUAUUGCUGUCUUUGAAUGCAUUGGUAGGAGCUCAUAUGAUUACUGCUCCAGAUACUUCACCCUCGAGAGUUACCGUUUAACAUAUGCAGAAUCAAUCAACCCUGUUCCGAAUGUAGACAGACCACUAGCAAUCCCAGGCGGUGAAUCAAGCCAGGCAGUAGCAGGAGUUACCGUUACCCCUCCACCUACCAAACGGCCACCAGGGCGGCCAAAGCUGAAGUCAGCCGAAUCAAUAGACAUAAUAAAACGCCAGCUCCAGUGCAGCAAGUGCAAGGGCCUUGGCCACAAUAAGAAGACAUGUAAAGAUCCUAAUGUUAUUUUAGAACUGCCGGGGUAGGUUGCUUCAGCUUUCAACCUGUGUAUAUUUUUGACAUUUUUUGAUCGACAGUUUAGGAUUUGUGAUUUUCAAGCUUAAAAUAGUUCGGGAACUUCAUUUUAUUGGUAGAACAAUCCCGUAUUAAUUUUGCAGUUACGCCAUUAGUAUCAUUAUCACAGUUGAUCUAUACAUACUUUUUGAAUUGUUCUUAAGCUC